GACAUACUACUCCACGACCGAAAUGGGAACACUUCUUAACACAUACCAACAAAUGCCAUGCACUACUUUCAACCGUAUGUUUGCGAUAAUUUACAGUUUUGCCAUCCUCGCCCUUAUCUAUCACCAUUUCCUCACCCUGAUCCACCACUCCACCGCCUUCAUCUCCGUCGUCACCGCCACCUCCCUCCUGAUCUCCGAUCUUAUCCUCGCCUUCAUGUGGGCCACCACCACCUCCUUCCGCCUCCGCCCUAUCCUCCGACAAGUUUACCCCGAAAACUUAGAGAAAGUCCUCCGCAAACAAGACUUUCCAGCCAUAGACAUAUUCAUAUGCACCGCGGAUCCCUACAAAGAGCCACCUAUUAACGUCGUUAACACCGCGUUGUCUCUUAUGGCUUAUGACUACCCUCCGGAGAAGAUGUCGGUGUAUGUUUCGGAUGAUGGCGGUUCUGAGCUUACUCUUUUUGCUUUCAUGGAGGCUGCAAAGUUUGCAGAGAUUUGGCUUCCAUUUUGUAGGGAUAGUAACAUCAUGGAUAGACGUCCAGAAGCUUAUUUUAACUCCAAUAACCAUGGGAAGCUGGAUGAGCAUGAGAUCGAGGAGAUUAAGUCUAUUUAUGAGAGUAUGAAGAAAAGAAUCAAGAGUGUUGUGGAGAGAGGUGAAAUAUGCCUUGACUACAUUACGGAUGAACAACAACGUCAAAUUAUCAACAAGUAUCGGACCCCAGGGUUUGGUCGCGUAAACCAUCCCACCAUCAUACAGGUAUUAAAAGAGAGUGCAAAAGAAGUAGACAACAAGGGUCAAUUGAUGCCAAAUCUUGUAUAUGUCUCAAGAGAAAAAAACAAAAACUUCCCACACCGUUUCAAGGCUGGGGCUCUCAAUUCCUUGCUUCGAGUAUCGGCUGUUAUGACCAAUGCCCCUAUAGUUCUUACUCAAGAUUGUGACAUGUAUUCUAAUGAUCCUCAAACACUUAAGAGGGUGUUGUGUUAUAUUUCUGAUCCGUUAACUCGGCCCAGAUUAGGAUAUGUCCAAUUCCCUCAACGUUAUCAUGGGGUCAACAAAGAUGACACCUAUGGUGGUGAAGUAUUGCGUUUAUUUGUAGUGAACGCGGUUGGGAUGGAUGGUUUACAAGGCCCUAAUAAUUUUGGAAGCGGGUGCUUCUUCCUUCGUCGGGCUUUCUUUGGAGGGCCCACAUCCAUGUUGCAACCAGAAAUACAAGAACUAAGACCGGAUCACGUGGUGAAGAAGCCAAUUACCGCACCACCAGUUAUAGAAUUGGCUCACCAUGUGGCUGGAUGCAACUAUGAAAACGACACCAAGUGGGGUUUCCAAAUGGGAUUUAUGUAUGGGUCACUAGUAGAGGACUAUUUCACUGGAUAUCGAUUACAAUGUGAAGGAUGGAAGUCUAUCUUUUGUCACCCGAGGAGACCGGCCUUUUUGGGCGAUGUUCCAAUCUGUCUCAACGAUGCAGUCAGUCAAACAAAGAGAUGGGUUAUUGGGCUUCUUGAAGUCAACUUCUCAAAAUACAGCCCAAUGGUUUUUGGAGCCCAAUGCAUGGGCUUUGUUAUGGGUUUAUGCUAUGCACAUUCUGGUUUAUGGGCCAUUUUGUCUAUUCCCAUCAUAAUAUACUCUUUCCUUCCUCAAAUUGCCCUUUUAAAUGGAGUUUACAUAUUCCCAGAGGUCACGGAUCCAUGGUUCUUGUUGUACGUUUUCCUCUUUCUUGGAGCCUAUGGUCAAGAUUGUUACGACUUCAUCUUAUUCGAUAGCACAUACAAGAGAUGGUGGAAUGAUCAAAGGAUGUGGUUGAUAAAGGGACUCUCAUCUUACCCAUUUGGGCUUGUGGAGUACAUAAUCAAACAAUUAGGGAUAGCCACACAGGGAUUCAAUGUAACAAGCAAAGUGCAAGAUGAUGAACAAACCAAGAGGUAUGAUCAAGGUCUCAUGGAGUUUGGGAGUCACUCCCCGUUGUUCGUACCUUUCACAACUGCGUCGAUUGUCAACCUAUUCGCGUUGAUCUUUGGGAUGAUUCGUCUCUUGAACGACUCCAGUUUGGAAAAGUUGUCUGCGCAAAUGUUUAUUGCUGGUUUCGGGGUGUUGAACAGUUGGCCGGUUUACGAAGCUAUGAUACUAAGGAGUGACGAAGGAAAGAUGCCGGUUAAAACCAUCUUUAUAUCAAUCUGUUUUGCGUUGGUUUUAUGUGGCGGAGCUUUUAUCGUACUAUAAACCAUAGUUCAUGCUGCGAGUAGUGUACGAUAUUUCAUGUAUAAGCAUCAAAAUAUCACAUUAGUGUUUGAAUUCAAAACCAACAAAACUUGAAGCAAGCACGCAGUAUGUUGAUACGAUUAAGCAAUAAAAUGUGAGAUUUAGAAAGCA